AUGCGGAGAAUACGGGAACCGAGUUACUGGUGGAUCUUAUCCUUAAUAUUUUUAACCUUGCUGAAACACAUGGACUGUCACCCUGUUGCACUGGGUGGCCAGCCUUACUUCUCUGGAGCUGGGGAUCAUGAGAGCACAGGCUUUAAGAGGGAAAGAAGAGCAGCCAGUGACUCCUAUUGGGCCUAUUCGGGGAGCCAUGGACCUCGAGGGUGGGCAGCCUCCUACCCAGAAUGUGCAGAGAGCAACCAGUCACCUGUGGACAUUGUAGAUGACGAUGCUCAGGUUUCGCAGGAGUACCAGGAACUGACGCUUGACAAGUUCAAUAUCGAGUCCUCCAACCAUACCACCAUGAAAAACACUGGAAAGACAGUUGCUGUUCUUCUGAAGGAUGACUACUUUGUGAGAGGUGCAGGACUGCCUGGGCGUUUUAAGGCUGAGAAGAUGGAGUUUCACUGGGGCCAGAAUAAUAGCUCGGCGGGCUCAGAACAUAGCAUCAAUGGCAGAAGAUUUCCUGUAGAGAUGCAGAUCUACCUUUACAACUCAGAUGACUUUGACAGCCUCAGUGCUGCCAUUAAGGAAAGACGCAUCAUCGCUGCCAUGGCGGUCUUCUUUGAGCUGGGGCGGAAAGACAAUCCAGCUGUGGAUCCUAUCAUCCAGGGCCUGAAAGGGGUGGUGCAUCAUGAGAAAGAGACUAACCUCAGGUCAUUCAUCCUGAGGGAUUUGCUUCCAUCGUCACUGGACAGUUACUACCGAUACACUGGCUCUCUCACUACACCACCCUGCAGCAAGGUAGUGGAGUGGAUCAUCUUUUCCAGGCCUGUGUAUCUGUCCCACUCACAGCUGGAGGCCUUCUACUCCAUCUUCACCACAGAGCAGCAGGACCAUGUCAAGUCUGUAGACUACCUGAGGAACAACUACCGACCCCUGCAGAACCUGGGUGAUAGGGUCAUCUUUAAGUCAGCUGUAAAAGAUGCCUGGCAGAAGGAUCUUACUGACAUCCUGGGAGGCCCUCAUAGCACAGAGGCCUCAAGAGUGUGCAGCAGUGCCCCAGUGAACAUGAAGAUCCAGCCACUGAACCAGACAGCACUGAUGGUGAGCUGGGAACGCCCACUGACCAUCUACCACCCACCCAUCACCAGCUACAUGGUCUCCUACAGCUGGGUAGCGAGUGAUAUGCCUAAUGAUGAGAAGACCCUCACCAAGACGGGAGACCAGAGCAUGAAAGCGGUGAUAACUAAUGUGUCCCCUGACAUCCUGUACCUGUUCAGAGUGCAGGCAGUUUGUUCACAGGAUCUGCGCAGUGAUUUCAGUCAAACACUGCUGUUCAGAGGUAAUACAACAAGAAUAUUUGAAGGGUCACGCAUUGUCAAAACUGGGAUGCCCACAGUUUCUCCUGCAUCAUCGGCAGACAUGGCUCCCAUCAGCUCCGGCUCCUCCACUUGGACCUCCUCUGGCAUCCCGUUCUCCUUUGUCUCCAUGGCAACGGGAAUGGGCCCCCCUUCAAGUGGUAGCCAGGCCACAGUGGCAUCAGUGGUGACUAGCACCUUGCUGGCAGGCUUGGGCUUCAGUGGUGGGGUUAUCUCCUCCUUGCCUGGCUCCCUUUGGCCCACCCAGGCCCCGCAGGCAAGCCAUAACCCCACCCGCCCUACGGCCAUGCCAGCAAAGUCCAGCACCGAGCCGACCGCCCCGCAGGGCUCCGAUCCGGACGCCCCCACUGUCGAGAACCAGGCAGCACGGGAGGGGGAGGAGGAGGAGGACGAGGGGGAAAGAGAAGGCGAGCAGGAUGAGGGAGAAGAUGAGAAGAGAAGGAAGAACAAGACUGCACCUGAUGACGUCGACAAGCAACUGAAUGGCACCUUGGCCAAAGAGCCCUUAAUCCCCACCCCCACAUCCACAACCAAAGAGAAAGGGCAAGGAAAGCCCACAGUCAAGGGCACCACUGUAACCCCAAGCACAAGGGAUGACCAGUUGUUCAGCAUAGAGAAGAACCCCAAAGAUGGCAGCACAUUCUCCACUCAGGAGCCCCGUAAUGACACAGCAGAGAUGCAGAUUCCCCAGAGCUCUACUAUCUCCCCAAAGAAUAGCGGUGAGGACAACAAUCUCUGGCCAUUCUCUGUCCACACUGACAGGACCAACUUGUCCAACAGGACCCGAACCCCCCACCCCAGCAUGGGCAGGAUGGUGUGGAUCGUCCCCCUGGUGGUGGUAUCUGCUCUCACCCUGCUGUGUCUGAUAAUGCUGCUGGUCGUGCUCGUCUACUGGAGGAGAUUUUUCCAGACAGCUCACUUCUAUGUGGAGGACAGCAGCUCUCCGCGGGUGGUGGCCAAUGAGAACAUUCCUGUCAUCCCUAUACCUGAUGACAUGGACGCCAUCCCUGUCAAGCAGUUUGUUAAACACAUUAUGGAGCUUUACACUAACAACCUCCAUGGCUUCUCUGAAGAGUUUGAGGAGGUCCAGCGCUCUACAGCCGACCUGAAAAUCACAGCAGAGCAUUCCAAUCAUCCUGACAACAAGCACAAAAACAGAUACAUCAACAUUGUGGCCUAUGACCACAGUCGAGUGAAAUUACGAGCCUUAGCGGGGAAGGAUGCCAAACACAGUGAUUAUAUCAACGCAAACUUUGUGGAUGGCUACAACCAGCCAAAAGCGUAUAUAGCUGCACAGGGUCCUCUCAAGUCCACCUUCGAGGACUUUUGGAGGAUGGUGUGGGAGCAGAACACGGGAAUCAUCAUCAUGAUCACCAACCUCGUAGAGAAAGGGAGAAGGAAAUGUGACCAGUACUGGCCCACAGAGAACAGCGAGCAGUAUGGAAACAUUGUGGUGACACUGAAAAGCACCAAAGUGCAUGCCUGCUACACACUGCGGCGCUUUCUCAUACGGAACACUAAAGUUAAAAAGGGUCAGAAGGGGAACCCCAAAGGGAAGCUAAAUGAGCGCAUGGUGAUCCAGUAUCACUACACCCAGUGGCCUGAUAUGGGUGUUCCAGAGUACACCCUGCCUGUCCUCACCUUCAUCAACCGCUCAUCAGCAGCACGCACCACGGACAUGGGCCCUGUCCUGGUGCACUGCAGUGCAGGGGUUGGGCGGACAGGAACCUACAUUGUCAUUGACAGCAUGCUGCAACAAAUCAAGGACAAAGGCACAGUCAGCGUCCUGGAUUUUCUCAAACAUAUUCGAACACAACGCAACUACCUGGUCCAGACAGAGGAGCAAUAUGUUUUCAUCCAUGAUGCUCUGAUGGAGGCCAUCCUGAGCAAAGAGACAGAAGUGCCUGCCUGGCAGCUCCAUGGUUAUGUCAACAGCAUCCUCACGCCCAGCUUAGCAGGCCGCACACGCCUGGAGAAGCAGUUCAGGCUGCUGACUCAGUGCAACAUGCGCUUUGUGGAGUGCUUCAGCGCCCAGAAAGACUGCAACAAGGAGAAGAACCGCAACUCCUCAGUCGUUCCCGCGGAGCGAGCACGUGUAGGACUUGCUACUCUCCCUGGCAUGAAAGGAACAGAUUACAUUAAUGCCUCCUACAUAAUGGGUUACUACAGGAGUAAUGAAUUCAUCAUUACACAGCAUCCUUUACCACACACCACCACAGACUUCUGGAGGAUGAUUUGGGACCAUAAUGCUCAGAUUAUUGUCAUGCUGCCUGACAACCAGGGCCUGGCUGAGGAUGAAUUUGUUUACUGGCCAAGUCGGGAGGAGGCCAUGAACUGCAUAGCCUUCACUGUCACACUCAUCAGCAAGGACAGACUGUGCCUCUCCAAUGAGGAGCAGAUCAUCAUCCACGAUUUCAUCCUGGAGGCCACACAGGACGACUAUGUCCUGGAAGUGAGACACUUCCAGUGCCCUAAGUGGCCCAACCCAGAUGCUCCUCUCAGCAGCACCUUCGAGCUCAUCAAUGUCAUCAAGGAGGAGGCCAUGACUCGAGACGGCCCCACCAUCGUGCAUGAUGAGUAUGGAGCAGUGUCAGCAGGCAUGCUGUGCGCCCUCACCACCCUGUCCCAGCAGCUGGAGAGUGAAGGGGCUGUUGACAUUUAUCAAGUCGCCAAGAUGAUCAAUCUCAUGAGGCCAGGAGUCUUCACUGAUAUAGAGCAGUACCAGUACCUUUACAAGGCAAUGCUGAGUCUGGUCAGCUCCAGAGAGUGCGGGCUGAGCCCCAUGUACAUGGACACUAACGGGGUGGUGGUGAUUCCAGACGAGUCGGACCCAGCGGAGAGCAUGGAGUCCCUCGUCUGAGGACCUUCUUUCCUUAACAGGCACUUAAUUUGUAAAAAAUCUAAGAACUUUUGUGAGGCCUUUUUUGCCAGACUCUUGGUUAAAUGAAUAACCUUAUUACUUUUUUACACUGAUGAAAAGUUUUUUGAUAUUUAUUUUUUGUCUUUUUUUUUUUUUUUUUUUGUCUUAAAUGUUAUCCUGCUGAGCGUUUGCACCUGUUUUAAGUUGGCGUGAGGAAAAAGCAGCUCUGUCCAGUUUGCACUAUACUAUCAGUGUUACUGCCUAAAAUCCAGUGAGUGAAAAUUUUCCAUGGCUCAGUCCUGGCUACGCAACACAUUUUGGAUCUUAGACUACAGUGAGGGAGACCUGACGCAUGAAGAUUAGGAUGAGUUCAGGCGAUCCACUCCACAAUCACAGCAUAUCACAGCCUAGCCCAGCAUGCAUUAUAUCACUGUGUCAUCAAUUCAAACUAACUUACCCGCCGAAAUGGGUGAAGCUUUUAUUAUUUGUCAAGAGACUUUAUUACUUGCAUAAUAUUCAUAUAUUGUCCAAAUAUCUCACUGCUGUCUUGUAAAAUGUAGUCAUUUUUUUUGUUGAGUGAUGUUACAACAUCUAAUGUGAACAUGUAUUGCUUUUUACAGGGAUUUAUAUUGUUUUGUAAUAUAUACUAUAUCCUUAAUAGUCAACCAAUGUUUUUGAUUAAUCUUCCCUAUUUGCCCACUGGCUUUGCGUGGAUUUAUAUUUUUAGUCACACACACAAGCUUGUGAUGCAUUGCCUCCAAGGCUCCAUCCAUGUUACUUUUACAGCUUUCCCAAUCUCAGCUGUUAAGUCAUGUAAAAAGGUUCUGUCAUAAUUCUCACAAAACGCUGUUUGUCGGGGAGGGGACAGGUGCUUUAUUUGUAACCAAAGACGUGGUUCCAAAUUCCAACACCUAAGUGGUUUGUCCUGAGAUCUAUUUUAGCAUUUAUGCAUUUGCCGGAGAAUUUUUCACAUUUCACAGCACAAGGUGUCAAAUACAACACUGAGUUAAGCAAGUUUCUGUUCUCCUAGCCUCAGGAACUCACCACAGAUGAUCGGAGUGCAUCAUGCUUUUCUCACACUAGUCAAAUAUCAAGACCUAAAUCCAGACUGUAAAUGUUAUUUUAUCUGGGCUGAUAUGUUGUCUCCAUAUCUGCACACAAUUCCCUGGCGAUAAUUAUAACCUUUUUCCAACCAUGAAAACUCCUUUUCCUCCUCACUGAUUCAUCGGUACACUGUCCACAGUGUAUUCCACGCUGAUAACUUCAGUUUUCUUGUAUUUUUCCUGUGUUCACCCCCACUUCUCUACCAAAGAGGAGGUUGUUAAUCAAGUUAAAGUCUCCAACAUUUGGAGAAAAGUCCAGAUUGCUGAUUGUUUAGCUCCCUAAGAAACUUUUCAUUGCAGCACCUAGUCUGGAUUUUGUCGCAUUUCAUUUAACUUCCUCUCUGUUCCAUUAAAGCAAGAGUGUGUUUUUUUUCUAAGCCAUUCACACGCAUAUACUUCAAAUAUGAAUUCAACCUAUUCUGUAUGGUCAUAGAAUUUUAUAUUUUCAUACAAAAAUUUGGUUUGUAAAGUGACCCUGUUGUUGGCUGUACUUUUGUGGAAAAUUUAUGAUCCAACUCUCCACAGUAUAAUCCACAAAUAUCACAAUCAUACAUGUCCCCUUUGAGGUCCAUACUGGUAUUUUUACCAGAUUUUCCUGACAUUUUCACAAUGAAAAAGUUCCAGGGAGCCAGUAUGUUAACCUCAGUCCAUUUCAGCCAGGUUGGUAGGUAGGUCUAUUUUGUAACUUGAAAAUGAAUAAUGAAAUGGUUUUGUCCAUUUAUAUUACAUGUUCAUAUUAUAGUAUCAUAGUAUUGUAUUACUGUGAUACUGUGAUAUACCAUAUUAUAGUGUAAUAGUGUUAUUUAAUACGUAAAUUGUAUUGCUAUACAUGAAAUAAAGUAUGGGUUUUGA